AUGGAAGCGGCGACGAAGCAGAGUGUUACAAAUCAGCUUCUCGCCGUGAAGUCAGCCUCCGGCAAGACUUACAGCCAAUUAGCGGCGGAGACCGGUCUCACCAACGUCUACGUAGCCCAGCUUCUCCGUCGCCAAGCCCAGCUCAAACCCGAUACGGUCCCGAAGCUCCGGGAAGCUUUACCGUCCCUGACCGACGAACUCAUCGGCGCGAUGAUGUCACCUCCGUGGAGAUCAUACGAUCCCAACCUCAUCCAAGAACCCACCAUCUACAGGUUGAAUGAAGCAGUGAUGCAUUUCGGUGAGAGUAUAAAGGAGAUUAUCAACGAAGAUUUCGGUGACGGCAUCAUGUCGGCGAUAGAUUUCUAUUGCUCUGUGGACAAAGUAAAAGGAGUGGAUGGUAAUAAUCGAGUGGUCGUGACACUUGAUGGCAAAUAUCUUUCGCAUUCCGAACAGAGGACGGAGAAUAUGGUCUCAAGGCUAAACCUCAGGGGAAGUACAAGCGAGUGA